UUGCUUUGUAGUACAAUUAAUUGAAUUAUUAACUCUUUGUAGUGGAAGUCGAACAAAAUCAGUUUCUUUCUCAACAUUCAAGUGCUCACAUACCUAGUAUUCAGGUUGCAAGAUCAAUUCUACCUUCUCAAAUUGAAAAGGACAAAGAAAAUAUUAAUCCUGUUAUAAUUAUAUCACAGAAUACUCUACAUCAAAACAUUAAUAUGGACUCAUUUAUUCCUUCAAGUCUAAAUAUCGGUUUAUCAAGAAAUAAUGCAGAAGUAGCAAUAUGUCCUGAAAAGACAAUUUUAAAUUACAAUACAAUGGAUUUAACAACAUUUAUUCCUUCAAGUAUUGAGUCUUUAAAAACUAAUCGGACUGUGCUUAUGAUUGAUAACAUGGAUAUAACAAAUUUACCAACUAAAAAUGAAAAAACUAUAAUAGGAGGAUUCAAUGUAGAUACCAUGGAUUUAACUCGUGCUGUUUCUCCAGUAAAUCAUAAAUCAAUUAUCAAUGAAACUACAAGAACUGAAGCAAUGGAUUUCACAAUUGCAAUGCCAUGUAACAGUCAAGUUAACAGGCAAUCUAUUUUAAACCCUGAAACAAUGGACAUCAUCUGCAACCUCCCUUUUGGAGAUGAACCAGCAGUAGAAAAUGUAUUUGGGGAAAAACAAUUUUCAAAUAGGUUGUUUGGUGAUAAAGCAAUAAAAGACACAAUGGAAUUAACAAACUUAAUUUGUAAAAAUAACAUGCAGAUUAACAGUAAUAACGAGAACUGUAAUACAUCCAUUUCACAAGAACAAAGUUGUAUAGAUAUGGAUUUAACAGCCGUUAAUGACAAUUAUAUAGAGCAAGUGUCGUCUCCAAAUUCAAACAUAAGUAAGUGUUUAGCUUCAGAAAUGAAGAAUAAUGGACAUGUAAUUGCCACAAAUAAACACAAUGUUGAAUGUGAUAAGUUGUUGAUUCCUGUAUAUGAUGUAGGGGGUGGCAUAGUGGAGCAAAUACAAAAUGGUAGUAUUAGAGACAAAAUAUUAACAAGUCCAUUUCUCCAAAUAAAUGCCUUUACAAAUAAUUUAAACAAGUGGGAUUGUGAUAGUAAAAAAAACAGUUUAAUAAAUUACACCACAACAAAUUAUUCAGCUGAUGAUACUCAAUACCUAAUAAAUUUUUCGGUCGGUGGCAAUAAGAAUCCAAAAUCCGAUUUUUCGAGAUUGAUUGCUGGCGAUUUUAACCCAUCGUUUUUGUCCUCAAAAUUUUUACCUCUGGGUGAGUUUGAAAGCGAUGCUUUUAAAAAUGAAGAAAGUUUGCAUAUCAACCUUAUAGAACCAGAAAAUCAGAAAAUAACAGAGAAAUCUCUAAAAAAAACAACAAAUAAGGAGAAAGAUAAUAUUACACUCCUGAAGGAUGUAACCCAUCAAACUGCUAAAGAAAGUAAAGGAAAUGAAAUAUAUGAAGUUAAAAAUGUUUCUACAAGUCCGAAAAUCUCAGAACAUAAUCAUAUUGAUACUAAUGGAACCUUAAAAAGAUCUCACAACGACUCUUCAAAUAAUCUAAGAAAUAAAAUACCAAAAUUGGACAACAUUGUUGAAACAGAUAAGACUUUUACUGUUGUAACUAGUACUACAUUUAGUGUUAUGUCGGAAAUUAUAGGCACAGAUACAAGAAAUAUUUCAGAUGAAUCUGUUGUGUCUUUUUGUAAUAAUUCUCUAGAAGAUAUCCAGGAAAUACAUGCUGAUAAAGUACAAACUGAACAGAAAAAUAUUCAAGGGGAAACCAAUAAAGUGAAUGAAUCUAAGGAAGUCUUUGAGGAUCUUUAUGAUCAAUUUAUUACAGAAAUAAACAAAAACGAAGCUCUGAUGCAAAAAGAAAUUCAAAAUUUUAAGCAACGUCACUCACGUUUUGAAAAGCAAAAAUCUUAUUUUGAAGAGAUUUGUCAAAAAAUAUCUACGUUGUUAAAUAUAAAUUUUGAAAUACCAACUGAGAAACUGAAAUUUAAUGAAACCGAUUCGAUUUUGGAAAGCCAAUCGUCUACAAGUGAGAUUAAUUCAGUAGCUGAAGUAGAUACGGAAUUGCAGAUGAUAUGUGAAAAAGUUGUAACUAUUCAAGACAGAAUAAAACAGUUACAAAAAAAAUGUCAGAAUUGUUGGUCUUUGGUUUCAUCUACACCUGAAGAGUUUACAUUUGAAACCCUUUACCAUACUAUAGUACUUAUUGUUGGCAUUGAUAGACUAACUGGUGUCGUAAAGGACUUACAUGUGCAAUCAAAAUCGGAUGGUGAAUGCAGUCCUCAAAAUUUAUUUAUUAAAAAUGAAUUCAAGAAACGAAUGAACAGCAAAACUGUAUCAGCAGCUGUCGGUGAAAAGUAUGACAUUGUUACCCUUCUGGAUUAUAUACAAAUGCAAAUGGUUCAUAUGACUGAUAUGAAAAAAUAUUUUUCUAAUUUAAGCAAAAUUGGAUUUGAGAUGGAUUGCGAUUUUCGGGUCACUUUAAAAAUCCCUAGCUUAAUAUUACGAUCAGUAUGGGUCGUAACUGUAAAUAUGUCCGAUAUAGAUAAUAUCAGCCAAGACUGUGUAUCAAUAAAAGCACAGGUUGGUGUUAUGGAUGAAGAAAAAGUUAAAAGUUUGCUAGAGCCAUGCCCUAGGGGCUUUGCCUUCUUAAAACAUUUGGUAGUAACCCUCUUAAAUUAUCUGAGAAUGUUGGAAAACAGGAAAAAGAAAUAAGAAAUGUACGAAAUUUUAUUUAUUAAGACUGAUAUUGAUUUAUCAAGUUUCAAGAAGACAAGAGAUAAUAAAUUAUAAAAACUAGAUGGGGACGCGUCACCAAGUUGUGCUUGACAAUUCAUCGUAUGACUACUGACACUACUACGAGUGAUGCGCAAUCGCUCGUCGCGCAGAGUCAUGACACUCUUCAAACGCUCUCGAUUUGGGUUGAUUUUUCUCCUAUCUCUACUUUUCUUAAUGCUAUGUAAAUAUGAGAGAAGCCAUCACGACAAAUAACCACAUUUAUUUUAAAAUUUAUAUUUUGUAAAGUUAAUGUAAAUAUUUUUAUACAACGGUAAGUUUUAAUUAUUGUUAAGACAUUUUUCAGAUUAGAGUAU